AUGGGUGCCUAUCUAAGUAAACCAAUAACCGAAAAAGUAUCCGAAUGUGGUGGCAAUGAGCGAAUCUGUUAUGCUGCAACAAGUAUGCAAGGAUGGCGUAUCAAUCAAGAGGAUGCACAUAAUUGUAUUGUAAAUUAUGACCAGGAUUCUUCCUUUUUCGCUGUUUAUGAUGGUCAUGGAGGAAGUGAAGUGGCACAAUAUAGUGCACAUCAUUUACCAGAUAUGUUGAAAAGAAAUAAUUCGUGGUAUUCGGGUAAUUACACGAAAGCUAUACAGGAUACUUUCUUGGAAUUGGAUGAAUUACUAAGGACCGAGACAGUUAUGAAAGAAUUAAAGAAAAUAGCAGGUAGCGUGGAAUCGAAACAUGAAGAAUUAAGCGAUGAUGACGAAGAUAAGCAAGUAUUAUAUGAAGAAGCUGGAAUGCCGAUUGAAACUAUAUUAGAAAGAUAUGGAAUCGUUUUGCAUCGAGAGCAAAAUGGCAAGCAGUCAGUCAUUAAUUUCAAUGAGUUGCGUACGCAACUGGAACAGCAAAGUGGAGGAGAGGAGCCGAUGCAGGUACCUUCCACUACCUACGCUUUCGUUUGGUUUGUAAUAUUUUGGGGACUGAAAAUGGAAGAAUCUGAGAAGAAAAUUCAAGAAAACGGAUUAAAUGUAUUGGAACAAGGAAUAGAUGGAAAAGAUCAAAAUGGUGAUACUAUGAUUGAUAAAGAAAUUAAAGCCGAUAAAAAUCAGCUCAAAAAAGCGGAAGAAAAGGCAGUGGGAGAAAAAGCCAAAAAAAGAGUGGGUGAAUUGUCACCCAGUAUUUUAAAAGCGAAGCGCACCAGAUCCUCAAAUGAUGUUGAAGAAGGUGCAUCGGAAAGUCAGAACAAGGAUACGCUUUUAAAUAGGUCGGCAAUCAAUAAAUCGGAGGCGGCGAUUCAAAAUGAAAGAUUUGAAACUGCUGGAGAAAAUGAAGCAACUAAUAGUGAACCAGAAGUUGCUGGUCCUGCUGAAGUUAGUACUACUAUACUUUCGGUCGAUUCAGGUGAUGGAGAUGACUGCAUGCCAUCCGGCGAAAAUCCUCAUGCUUCUGCAACUUCUGAUGGGCAGAUUACGUUUUCUUCUGAUUCAGAGUCAGUAGAUGAAGAUUACAAUGCUGAUGAAGAGAUGAGUGAAGGUGAAGAGGAAGAGGA